AUGGCUGAGCUCAGUCAAAGGCUGCACGUGCAAGGAGAGUACAAUGCUGCCCAAAGUCAUCUUGAAAAGGCAGCGAGUGGAUUGAAGAAUGCUCUUGGACCAACACACGCCGACCCCUUGGAUGCUCUCUAUUGGCUUGGCCGUAAUGAAUAUGAGCUAUACCACUAUAAAGCCGCCGAAUAA